CUAUUAUGGAUGAUAUUACGUUCUCUGACCUAGAUUGUUUUGUUGGGGAAGGUGUCAUUCCCAAACUGAAUGAUAUUAUAAAGACCAUCAGAAUAAAAACUGAUUUUAUAAAAAAAAAGAGGAAACAGAAUUAAAAGUGCUCACAUUAAUUUGACAUCGGUGCUAUUCCUGGUGUUGUUUAGAAUAACAAUCAUAGAAUUCUUAACUCAGCCAAGUCAAUCCAAUGACAUUUAUAAGUCUUUUAUUAUUCUCUAUGAAGCAAAUUCCACGUUGUAUGUGUGUGUAAUAGUUAGGAACUGGAAUUAUUGUUCAUCUAAUUAUUUACACUUUCUAAUGGACUUAUUUUCACUUUUUUUGUACUUACAAUUCAGUGAUGGACGAAUAAAACCUGGGGAUCGUAUACUCACAAUUAAUAGUAUACACACAGGACAAUUAACUUGUGAAGAAGCAAUGAAAUUAAUACAGUCUAUUAGAAAUUGCUUAACACUAACUAUAGAGUACAAUGUAGCUAAUUUCGAAGAGGAUCGUCGUAUAUCUGGUGCAGUUGUAGUUGAAAUUGAAAAACCAGCCAAUGAAGAUUUAGGAAUUAGUUUAGCACCAUGUCAUGAAGUGAAAACUGGUCAAAAUGCAUUUUUCAUUGAUAAUAUCAGACAAGGAAGUAUAGCCGAUAGAUGUGGAGCUUUAUUUGAAGGUGAUCGAGUUGAAUCCAUCGAUGAUAUAUGCGUAGAAAAUAUUAAACUUCAAGAAGCAAUGUACAGAUUAAAAAAUAAUGGUUUAAAUAAUAAUUCAGAAUGUUUAAAAUCCAUGAGAUCUUUAAGAUCAGCAACUCCAUUGAGUAGUACACCAACAGCAGCUUGUCGAUGUGAAGAAGUUGAAGUGCUACUUGAGCCAUAUGAAUAUAUAGGCUAUGGAUUUACAUUGAUUGCUCCAAUAUCAAAUCAGUUUUCUUUAGAACUGACCAGUUUUCCCUUGAUCGAUCAAGUGGACCCACGUGGACCAGCAUUUAAAUCUGGUGUUAUUCAAGAAGGUGAUAGAGUAAUAUGUAUUAAUGGUCAAUCUACAUUAAAUAGAACUAUUGAUGAAUUAAUUCAAAGAUACUUGGAACCAACUGAUUUUGAAAAGAAAUACUUUCGUGUUCAAUCAUUAACACUUUUGAUACAGUAUACUGUAGCAGAUUCAGUGGUUCCUGCAACGGGCAUUUUUGAUGUCAAAUUAAUAAGAAGAUCGGCUAGUUUAGGUAUUAAUCUUCAAGCGUCAAUCAAUAAAACAUCUGGACAACCUUUAUUAAUUAGUAAAGUGAUUCCUGGUAGUGUUGCAAGUCGUAGUGGUUCUAUCAAUCCAGGUGAUAUACUAUUAGCUGUGAAUGGUAUUCAUCUUUCAUCAUGUAGUCUUUCUGAGGCGAUACAACUUUUACAAUCACCAGAUGAUGAUAUAAUAAUAUUGAGAAUACAAAAAAUGGAUACUUAUUCAUCAAAAGCAGAAUUAGAAAUAAAAUAUGGUUCUGAUAGUUCGGUUGUACAUGAUUAUCUCUACGACAGACAACAACAACAACUCCAACAUCAACAUCAAAGAAAACAGUUGUAUCGAAAAAGUUUUGAUGAAAAUUUAAUGAAUAAGUGUUUAAAACCAGAAACACAGUUUAGAACACCUCAAAAUGAAGAUACUAACAGAGAUUCUGAGAAAUUAUAUAGAUAUCCAACUGGUACCAGUAAUAGUCCAAUAGUGCAAGAUCAUACACACCGAUUUCAUCAAUUUCAAAAUGUCAAGAGUCAAAGAACUAACCAAGAUGAACUAAAUCAAAAUCAGUUCGAUAAUCAGCCUAAACAAUUCCUGAAUUCUAAAUCAGAUUAUUCAUUGGAACCUGAUAUAAAUGUUGUUCAAGUAAUAUUACGACGUAAAUCAUCUAAUUGUCCAUGGGGUAUUACUAUUUGUGGAACAGAUGAUGCACCAGAUAUACCAGUAUUAAUUGAUUCAUUAAAUCCUGGUGAUCCUGGAGCUGAAUGUGGUUUAAUACAUCCUGGUGAUAGAAUAUUAGCUAUAAAUGGUAUUACAUUACAUAAUGGUCAUACAUUAACACAAGCAAUGCGUAUGUUACAACAUUAUCCAGAUAAAGUUAUAUUACAUAUUGCACGUAAAUCGAAUUCAUUUAUUACAACUUCUAUUGCUAACACUACUACAACAUCUAUUAGUAUUGGUACAAUGCAUAAUAAUACAAUUAAUGGACAGAAACAACCCAUAAAUCAUUUUCCUUUAUCUAGAAAAUGUACACUUGUAAAGGCUGUAGCUACAAGCAAUUUCAGUAGAUCCUUUGAUUCAAUAUCAAAUAGUCUCAGUUCAAAUUCUGUAUCGAAUAAUAAUAUUGUUGAGGGACAACUUUUAACUGGACUUACACCACAGAAUAAUGAUAAUAAUAAUAAGUAUAACAAUAAUAUACGACUACAGAAUCAUAGUGAUGAUUCAAAAAUAUCUGUACAAAAGUCUAAAACGUUAUAUGAUCCUAACCAAUGUGCACAAGUUACGGAUACGUCAUGGGCAAUUUCAAGCAGUUAUCCAGAUAGAAGUGUUGUUAGUGAAUCAAAUACACUGAAUCGUUCAGUUCCAAAAUCCUCUACAACUAUUUUGAGUUCAGGACCUGGAGCUAUGUAUAUUCAUCAAGGAAUAUCACCUAAAAAUACACCUAGUGAGAAUUUAAAUUUAAAAGUACCAUCAAAUAAAUCUCGUACAAAAACAAUAAAAUCUCGUCAUCGUUGUUCAUCAUCUUCAUCAAAACGUCGAACACAUUUACCAUCUACUGAUGAGCAUCAAAUUAAUGAAUUAGAAAAAUCAAAGUAUUCACAAUUAUUUAUUCAACAAUAUUCAGAUACUACAACAAGUGAAUUAAAUGAUGAUGAAAAUAUUCAAGAACAACAAAAUAAUUCUAAUCAUCCAUUUAUACAUCAACAUCAUCAACUAUCAUAUAAUUAUUUGGAUCAUCCAUAUAUACAAUCGAAUAAAGAUUAUUUACAAAUGGAUUUAAAUUUUAUUCAAUGUUCAGGUUGUCGUAAAGCAGUUGAAAAAGAAAUUAAAUAUUAUUUAUUAAAACAACAAAAAUCUUUUGAAACUACACGACGAGCUUCAUCAUCAAAUAGAAAAGAUUCAACAAGAUCUACUUCUGAAGCAUUCCUGGCAUCAAAUUAUUUUGAACCAGAAUUCAAUAGUAUACAAUUACAUCGACAAUAUCCACAAAAUGUAUUAUUAGAUGAUAAAAACCGAUCAAUUUGGUAUUUAAGUAAAGAUGAAGAUUCAUUACCUACUAAUACAUUAUAUGAAUCAUCUAAUUCACGUUAUCAUCAACAAGAAAAUUUAAAACAAACAAAAGAAAAUCAACAGAUGAAUAAAAAUAAAAUAACAAAAUCACAGUUACUAACUGAUCAACAUUCAAAAUCUGAUAGUCGUUUAGAUUUAAUUCGAUCGAUUGAUUUAAGUAAUGAUAGUUCUGAUAUUGAUAAAAGGAAUAGUUUAAGUGUAACUGAAUCGAUAGUAAAACCAAAUGAAUUAUCAUCUCAAAUGUAUAAACCUCAAAAAAUUCACAAUUAUCAAUCAUCUAUUGUAAAUCCAAUUGAACAUAAAUCUAUUUCACGUAUUAAAUCAAACACAUUAGGAUCACCUAUGAAUAUUAAAACAAUCAAUUCACAUUUAUAUGAUAAUAUACAAAGAUCGCAUAAUAAAAAGACUAAAUCUAAAAAAGUAUCUACAUCUAAACAUAAUAAACAUGAACAACAAUUUACUGAAUUAAAUACUUGGUGUACAUGGAUUCGUUUAAAAAAGACAUCAACAACGGAUUCUUAUGGAAUAGGUGUAUCUGAAGGUUUAUCUACUAUGGGUAUAUUUGUUAGUGCAAUUCGUCCUAAUUCACCAGCUGAUUUAUCUGGUAAACUAUAUCUAUAUGAUCGUAUUUUAAUGGUCAACGAUACACCAGUAGAUAAUUUAACCUGUAAUUUACUAGUACAACGUCGUAUCACAAAACAUACACAACGAAGUAAACAUUCAAAUCAGAAUGAUUCAAAUGAUCUACCAAAUAACUCUUUAUUUACUGGAUUACCAGGAGGGGUCAAAUUAGGUGUGACAUGCACACCUACAAUGGAUAAUGAACAUAUUAACAUUACAGCUCUUUAA